GAAAAGAAAGGCUCAUGGAAUAAAGUGUAAAAUAAAUUCCUCAAUGCUGAUAUAUCAAUUUAAAUCUGCGUAUUUUUUUACGAUAUUUAUUAGCAUUUCAAAAGCUGGGUGAAUGUGUAGUCAUAAUAAUAUAAGGGGAUAUAAACACGAUUGAGACAGAGUGUCUAUUUGUGAGAGAGUUAAUCCAUAACAUUUUAGAUGUACAUGUAUUUGUAAAGCAUCCUAAUAAAAAUAGAACGAACUUUGUUUAAAAAAAACAACCGAUAUUCGAUAUUCUUUUUAAAAAAGAAAGAAACAUAGGUUCAACUACUAAGUCGAUGAGUUGUUUUUUUUUUUUGCCUCGAGUGGGGUGGUUACUUAAUACUACAGCAAAGAAGUGAAUUGAAAACACCAGAUCUCUCAAGUUUAAUCAUUUACCUGAGGUCAUUGUGUGAACUUAGUACUUGCGCGUGGAAUUUGGAAUCUGCCCCCUAGUCCAUCUAGAAAGAAAGAAAGAUAAACUGUAUUGCUGUCGACCUGAGAGGCUCUCUGCUUUGUUAACUUAAUUGUGAACACUUCACAGCCAGUUACUUCAGCGAUCAUUUUAAAUGAGCUGCUAGAUAGUCGCAAUCAUUCGAAAUCGAAUAACCCUAAAUAUGAUGCGGCUAAGUCUGAUUUUCAUCUGCAUAUUUUAUACUUCAUUUUCUGCUGCUGCUAAAGUUUCAGACCAAACGGCUGGACCGAGACUCAACAAUGGAAAACUGUACAAGUACAGCUAUGCUGCUGAGGUGCUGCUGGACCGAGCCAAAGGGACAGCUGAGGAAAGCACGGGUUAUAGGAUUUCAACCAGCGUCAAUGUCAACUUAGUUUGGAGAAAUCCAAGCAAUGAAGAUGAGCAGCUCAUAAAAAUUUUGAUGAGUGACGUCAAGAUUGAAAAUGUGAACAAACGUGACGACAAGAGAAACAUCUUCCUGGGGUCAUCUGUAAAAAGCAUCCUGGGAAAAGACAAUCUGGCAGCUCUAGAAAAACCACUAUUCCUUCACUUGAAUUUUGGAAAGGUCAAAAGCUUGUAUUCCUAUCCAGAGGAACAUGCAGUCUUUAAGAACAUCAAGAGGGGUCUGGUCAGCCUCUUUCAGUUGCAGCUCAGCUCUGGCAGGGCUGAAGAGAUGGAUGUGUCGGGAAAGUGUAAGGUUAAUUACCAGGCUCGUCAAAAUCAGGUGACUCGAAUCAAAGAAUUGGACAGCUGCAAGACUGCAGACACAGGCUUCACAAGUCACAGCAAGGUAUUGGGAGUUAGCAGCAAGUCCACAUCAGCCACAGUUUUUACUCUGGAGGAAGGCUUCAUCAAAUCGGCACACUCCGAAGAGAAUCACCUUUUGUCUGUAAAUGUACGGCAGGCUAUCGCGGCCAAAAUUGUUUCAAAACAAAAGUUGCAGCUGGUAGAGAUUGAAGCUGGACCCAAAGAAACGGCUGGAAAAGCAGUGAAGAGUAUUAUCAAGUCUGUGGACCCAAAGUAUGUGUCCAUCCCCUUGCCAGCUGAAAUAGUUAAAUCAGAAUGCAAAGGCUGCCCCACUCUCUGGGAACACUGGCAGUCAGUCAGUAAAGAAUUUGAACCCAAGAGCCUUUCCAAUGCCACAGCUGCCAGGAAAUUCCUCUCCCUGAUCCAGAUUAUGAGGAAAGCAAGGAAGGAGGAGAUCUUACAGGUGCUCAGAAGUGCAAGCAGCUCAGUCCUCCCCCCAUUAGUGGACGCAGUUACCUCAACUCAAACCUCGGCCUCGCUAGAAGCUAUCCUGGAGUUCCUUGAUUUCUCAGAAGAGGAAGGUUUUAUGUUACAGGAGAGGUUCCUGUAUGCCUGUGGCUUUGCCUCUCAUCCCAAUGAGGAAAUGCUAAAAACCUUGAUGGGCAUACUGAAUGGAAAAAUUGGCAGCAAUGACAUCAAGGAGUCUGUUGUAAUUAUUAUGGGAGCCCUUGUUAGGAAGCUUUGUCAGAAGGGAGGCUGUGAGCUUCCAGCUGUGGUGGAGACAAAGAAGUUGAUUCUAGAGGGCCCAGGCAGCACUGAGGUGGAGUCGGAGAUCAAGAUGUACCUGCUGGCUCUGAAGAAUGCACUCUUACCUGAGGCUGUCCCUCUGUUGACAAAGUACUCGGAGUCAGGAAGCGGGCCCAUCAGCAGCAUUGCCAUCGCAGCCCUCCAGAAGUAUGAUGUUUCCUUGAUCACAGAGGAGGUCAAGAAGACCCUGAACCGGAUCUAUCACCAGAACCGCAGAGUCUACGAGAAGACUGUCAGGACAGCUGCAGCAGAUGUUAUUUUCAGCAGCAACCCCACGUACAUGGAGGUGAAAAACCUGUUUCUCUCCAUUGGAUCCCUGCCUCAUGAAAUGAACAAGUACAUGCUCUCCAAGGUGCAGGAUAUCUUGCAUUUUGAAAUGCCAGCAAGUAAAGUGGUUCGACAAGUGAUGAGGGACAUGGUUUCCCACAACUAUGACCGUUUCUCCAAAGUGGGAUCAUCGUCUGCCUUCUCUGGAUACAUUACACGCAAUCCAGACACCACUUCCACCUACAGUUUGGACAUCCUUUACUCAGGCUCUGGUAUCCUGAGGAGGAGUAACAUGGACAUCAUGGCUUUCAGCAAGGAGACCCAGCUUCAUGCAAGCCAGGUUGUGAUUGAAGCUCAGGGUCUGGAGUCGCUCAUCGCAGCCACUGCUGAUGAAGGGGAGGAGGACCUGGAGUCCUUCUCUGGGAUGUCUGCUGUGCUCUUUGAUGUGCAGCUCAGGCCAGUUACGUUCUUUAAGGGUUACAGCGACCUCAUGUCCAAGAUGUUCUCUGCAACGGGGGAGCCCAUGAAUGUGGUCAAGGGUCUCAUUCUGUUGGUGGACCACUCACAGGUGAUCCAGUUGCAGUCUGGGCUGAGGGCCAGUGCAGAGUUCCAGGGAGGGCUGGCCAUUGAUAUUUCAGGUGGCAUGGAGUUCAGCCUCUGGUACAGGGAGUCCAAGACCAGUGUCAAUAACAAGGGAGCGAUGGUUGUAACUGGCAAUGUUACAGUGGAUAUGGAGUUUGUUAGAGCUGGAGUGGAAGUCAGCUUUGAAACUGAAGCUGCGUUGGACUUCAUCACAACAGUGAAAUUUUCAGAGUACCCGUUUUUGGUCUGCAUGCAGAUGGAAAAGGCUCAGUUUCCAUUCAGACAAUUCCUGACCAAGUAUGAAAGUCUGCCUUCUGGAAAACACCACGUCUCCCGUAAAGGCAGGAGGGAAAUUGUGCCUGGUUCAGAAUUCCCUCUCCAUCAGGAAAACUCCAACAUGUGUAAGAAAGUGUUUAGUGAAGACUGGUAGAUACACAAAGAGAAAACGCUGGAAGAGCGGCAUAGGGGCUGGCAAGCCGCUUUAGUAACUAGUGAAUUAGGAAGUAAACUAUUCAAACGAUGUGCAUACAGUGUUUACAUAAUUACAGUUAUUUAAAACUAUUGUAAAAGUAAUAAAUAUAUGUAAGACCUCACAAAAAGAGUUGACACAGAUGUAUAAAGUCUUAACCUACCAUACAGCAUUGUAUGUAUAAAAAAAAAGAAAAACAGGUCUUUCCAACUCCUAAAUAGUUCAGCUUUUAUGACCAAACUAAUAUGUGACAUUCCCGUUUUGCCUUGCCAUUUGACUUUGUGUGCAUUAUGUGGUAACAUUUUAUAUAGAUUUUCAUUUGUUGGUAGGUCUGGAAAAACAGUUGUCUUGUAAACUCUUAUUUAAAAAAAAAAAAUGUUAUGGUGCCAUUUUAGUUAGAAUCUGAAGUCCAAUGCUGCUUCCUUUUUAAAAAAUAUAUCUACUGUAUGACUUCACCCUUAAAUCUUCUUUGUCAAAGAGAAAACAUAGUAAGCAGUUUUCUAAGUGAAAGAAGUAUGUAUUUUGAGUUUCGAUUAAAUUAGACAUUGAAAUUUGUGUCUACAGUGGAUUAUGCCAUUUAUGUUAAUAUUGUAUAUUAAUCCACUGUUAUACACAGAUUCAAAUCUUUGAUGCUUAAAAAAAGAGAAUCCUUUACUGAAAAUAAAGUGUGUGCCCCCCCCCCCUCCCCCUUUUUCUUUUCCUAUUUCUUUUUACAGUGAUUGGUAAAAAUGAUAAAAAUGACAACCUAAUUUUGAUUGUUUUUACAGAGAUUGUGCAGUUGGUGUGCAUUCACAGGCAUGACCCAGAAAUGCUAUCUUUUUAAAUCCUUUUUUUUUUUUUUUAUUUUUUUUUUUAAUGUUUAACUUUUUGAAUUUAUUUACGUCCACACUAUUGGCACUAUGGACAAUUAAGAAGUGCACUGUUAUUUAUUUCUGGUACACUUGAAAAACAAUACAAAGCAUGGUGGCAGAGGUAUGCUGCUGUUUUAAUUACCCUACUGAUGUAGUUAUUGGGUAUAAACGGUAACACCGUACAGAGACUGCCUUUGUGUUGACUGGGAUAGAAUUAUUCAGUUAAUUUGUGUGGUACUCUUCAGUUAUGCAUUUUAACUCCUCACCAUGGUAAUAUAUUUAUGUGGACAAUAGGGGGAAGAAACAAUGUUGUAUUUACAUUUUUCAGAUUGUCAAUUUGCUGGUUGCUAUUAUGACUGAACUAGGUCAUCCUGUAAAAGCAGCCUUGAAGAAUGGAGGCGUUUUUCAGAUUACAACGUUAGAUUCCUGCAUCAUGACUGAUUUUAGUGUCAUCAGGAUUAAUUUAUCUGUGAUGGUGAACAAAUCUCCAUUUGUUAUUUUUGUUCACAAAGAACAUUACUUAAUUACGGUGAAGCUGACAUUGCAAAUUUAUUAGAUAGGUACUGUAGAUAGAUGGGGUGGGAAAGACCUCCAGAAUAAAAUUAUUGUCCCUGGUAAACUGCAGCGUUUAGCCAUUUCAUUAGUUUCCUGUUGUUUAUACCAUGUAAUAUGUCUUUCAGGUAUUAUGUACAGUGCUGAGAAAGUUUGUGAACCCCAAUGAUAAUUAUGAAAAUUCCAUACUUUUACCAUGAUAGUCCUCUUGAAUCAAAAACCAGUCUUUUCUUAAAUAUCCAAUAGGUUUUAUAAUAACCAGUUCCAUGUCUUUUGAAACAAAAUGACGUAUG